GUGGCAGGUGUCCGGUGGGCGGGGCUUGCCUCAGCUCAGGUCUCCUCCUGAGAUGUUUCAUUCAGAGGCGGACUGAGGCGGACCCCCCUGGAACCAGGACUGUAACAACUGGAUCCUGGUUUAACACUGGAUGUCAGUGCUGCUGACACACAGCAGGAUGAGGAUUCUCCAAUUUCUGGUUCUGCUACUGGGUUCUCUGCAGACCUCAGAGUGUGUGCGGUGUUUUGCACAUUUCUCUCUGACCUCAGGUCAGUGCGAUCAGGAGCUUGGUGAAAUGGACGAGGACGACUGCUGUCAGAACCCUCAGUACGGUUACCUGGCAACAGGUGGAUUGUGUCAGUCUUGUGGUCCUCCCGCGUGGUCUCCCUGGUCGCCAUGGUCACAGUGUACUGUUCUCUGUGGGGACGGAGUGAGGCAGAGAAGCAGGACAUGUUUUGGCGUCGGCGAGUGUAACAAUGCUGCAAACAAACUGCAGACGGAACCAUGCAGCGGCACCUGCUGCGACGCAAAGGGGUGGGGCUUGUGGGGCACAUGGUCACCCUGCUCGGUCACCUGUGGAGGGGGCGGAGUCAGGAAGAGGGCGAGACUCUGCUCCAGUUCUUCUGAGUGUCGCUCGGCCUGUAGCGGUUCUUCGGAGGAGACAGACAACUGUCCAACACACGAGACCUGUCCAGUCCACGGAGGUUGGUCAGACUGGUCCAGUUGGUCUGAAUGUUCUGGCUUGUGUAUCGAUGACCAGCGUGAUGAUGUCAUCGUCCCCUCCAAAGUACGAUAUCGAUCAUGCUCUAACCCCGCCCCCUCCAGUGACACGGCACCACCUGGCAAUGGUUGCCCUGGCAACAACUCGCAGAUUGAGUUCUGCAGCGAUCUACCAAACUGUCCAGUGAAUGGGAGCUGGGGGGCGUGGUCUCCGCCUGGUUCGUGUUCCAUCUCCUGUGGGGAGGGGCUUCAGCUGUCAACCAGGACCUGUGAUAGCCCCGCCCCAAAAUAUGGUGGUCGAUUUUGUGAUGGAACAAAUGUUCAGACACGGGUCUGUCAGAGUCCCUGUCCAGUCGACGGGUUCUGGUCUGGCUGGUCCAGCUGGGGUGAGUGCUCGUCUUCUUGUAUCCCACAAGGCCGAGCACCCGUCAGGACUCGCUACCGCUCCUGCUCUAACCCUCCCCCCUCAUCCAGGCCACCCGGCAAAGGUUGCCAAGGCGACAACCACCAGAUAGAGGACUGCAAUCACACACCUCACUGCCCAGUGGACGGGGGAUGGGGGUCUUGGUCUCCCUUCACUUCAUGUCCUGUCACAUGUGGGGUGGGGCUUCAGCUGUCAGACAGGAGAUGUGACAGCCCUGCUGCUCAACAUGGCGGCCUGCCAUGUCCUGGAGAGGGACGUCGAACCAGCAUCUGUACAACCAAUGUCCACUGUCCAGUGGACGGUGUGUGGUCAGAGUGGUCAGAGUGGUCCCAAUGUAAAUAUCCGUUUGGUGGGGGGCGGGACAUCCGCUGCCAGCAGCUGGGCGGGAGUCAAACUCGUGACCAUCAGUGCCGUCAUCAAGCUCAUAACGGAACCAUCUGCAGCGGAGACACUUUGACUGACAUGCGGGUCUGCUAUGAUGUCAGCAACUGUUACCUGAAGGGCAGCUGGGACGGUUGGGAGUCGUGGAGUCUGUGUACUCCUUCCUGUGGAGAGAGGUCCAAACGCAUCAGGAGGAGAAUUUGUAAACCUGAUUACAGCGGCUACAAUCCUACCAUCGGCCGUCAGAGGGAGAAGGCCACGUUCUUUGGGAAACCACGUGCCGACUGUGUUUUGGCGCCGGGUGACGGCGGAAAGAUCGAGUCCCAGCCCUGUGUCAACGUCCCCCCCUGCCCCCCCCAGGUUUGACAUCCUCGCCACCACAGACUGAAAACAAAGAUGGACGGGACGACGGCUGCCUUAAGUGAAGCUGAAUGUAUAUCGCCCCCUGGUGGCUGGCUGUAUUAUAGGUCAGAAACCUGUAAUCACGCUGAUCACGUUUGUUCCAGUGUUCAUGUUAAUUAGUUAUUUGAUGAUGUAACUAGAAUCCCCUCCUGUGGUUGUUUACCUCACAUAUCAAACCUACAAUAAUAUAACAUAGAAUAUAUGACCCACAAUUAUUAUUAUUGUGGGUCAAAUAUUCCAUGUGAUCCAGAAAACAAUGUUCAAAUAUGUCAUGUGAAAAACCAGCAUUGUGAAUCAUGAUAAUCUUUAGGAGGUAUUCAUUUGUAUCUACGCAAACUGAUUUAAUUGUGUGUAUCAUAAAAACACAGAUAAAUAUCA